AUGACGCAGGCCCAGGGCAGCAGCCCUCCGUCGGCCGCCGCUGUGGGAGAUGGAAAGACGUCGCUUCCGGCGGUCAAGGAGAGUUUGGCCUUCGAGAUGCAGCAGUACGAGUUGAUCCUGCGCUUCCAAGACGCCAUUCUUGCCCGCCAGGAGGCAGCCGGUCCAUCUCCCAACAGGCAGAAGCAGACCGACUCGGCGGCUCCCGUUCGAGAGAGCCAUGUUCACCAUGGAAAGCUGGCUCCGUCGGGGACGGCUGCGGCGACAAAAGGGCGCGUCAAACCCCGCCAUGUUGGCAGCGGCCCGGCGUUGUCUGCGCACGCCCGCCCGUUUGCGACGGGCAACACGGAAAUCAACCCCAUUCUGCUCGAGAAAUCCGAUGAUCUCAUCCGAGCCGAAGUUACUCUUCAGCGGCAGAGGCUCGAGCGUGCCUUGCGAGACGAGGUCGAGCAACGCCGGCAUUCCAAACCGUCCGUGCCGGACAAGCAGCCUUUCGAACUCGACGUCUCCGAUGUCUUGACGAAAGCCCUUGCUCUCGUUCCAGCCGUUACCACUCCUCCGCCCGUCGUCGAAGCCUUUGCUGCUAAUGAUGAUGAGCCUGCAAGUGAUUCGUUCGACGACAACACCUUCUACUCCUCUCGACACGACACACCCGAGUCACACAUGACAUCGCGAGUUCCCCACGGGUCGGAAGAAAUGCAGAGCUCGACAUCCAUGCAGGUGCAGCAGAAGGCCGCACCCGUAGCCGCGCCCGUGCCCGUGCCCCGGACGGCCGAUGCCCCGCAGCGCGAGCAAGUCUUGCCCACGACGGCGGCUCCGGCGCCAUGCAGAGAGUUGCCGGUUCCAGCAUUGCCUCCGACUCGUACCAACGUCGUCCCCGGGCUGAACAACUACGUCGGAGGUGCCAUCUCGGCGCAGCCGAACUCGUUCAACACCACGACCGGAGAGCAACGCCAGGCCGUGCCAUGGCCAAACGCCGGAGCCGAGGAUGCGCAGCGUUCGGUUCCAGACCUGGAAGACACCUACGUUGAUCUGCAUCCUCCGUCUCCGCUCCUCCGAGCGCACGCGCCGGAACGCGUCGCUCCCUCGUCUGCCCAAGCAAAUCCCAUGACUAUCGCGGACAAGGGUCCGCAGAGCAGCGACGUAGCCGCUCCUCGUGCGAGGGUAGCGCCGGCACAGGUGGCCGCUCUCCUACAUGAACAUUCGACGGCGACGAGCCCGGACAGCUCCUCUCCGGGCGGAAGGCAUGUGGAUAAGAAAAGAGGCAAGAAGAAGAGGAAGAAGGUGGUUCGGCAAGCGGCCGAGGACAUGGCGAGCCCGUCCAUCAAACCUGAACCCCGCUCGGUCUCGCCGAUCAGCGCCCCGACCUACCUCCGGCCCAACAAGCGUCGACGGCAGCAGCAAGGUCAUGUCGUUACCGAGCUCGAGUACGACCCGACGAUCGUGCAGUCCUUCUCUCACGAUGCGGUCCUCCAGCAUCCGACGCGACCCUACCGAGCGGAGCGCGUUCCCUUGGCCUACGACGCCGGCCCGGCACCUCCCCAGCGCACCGUCGGCGGCGGCCUCGUCGGCCAGCCCAGGUACGGGCGGGACUACGUGGAUGACGGUCGGGCGCCGGUCGGCAGCCGUAUCCACAGCUACGUGCCGCCGGCGGCAUUUCCCUUGUCCUACCCGGCGACGGUGGAUUACGAGCCUCAACCGCCCUCGCAGUCGUUUGUCGGGGAGCCUCGGCGAACCUAUCUCGAGUACUCCCCCCGAGGGGCUCGCUUCGCCGGUCGCCCGGCACUCGAAGCGCCUGCGGCUCUGCCUCCGCCGAGACAUGCUGCCCCGCCGCCACGUGUGCUGGUGGACGAGUACGGUCGUGAGUAUUUCGACCCAUCUCACCCUGCCGUCCAGCGACCUAGCGCGCCCCUCGCGGGCCCCGUCGAGGCCAGCAUCGUGUACGAGCAGCAGCCCCCGCGACCCGUGUCUCGACAUGCCCUUCCCGGUCCCGAGCGCUACGGCGACGGCGGCGUCGUGUACGGUGCACCCACGGCGACGUACGCGAUGCCUAGACGUGUUGUGACGCAGCCAGAAUACGCAUCGUACGAGCGCAGGGACGGCUACCCUCACGACUAUGCAGUCCAACCGAUGGCGCUACCCCCGGCGGGAUUCAUCGAGGUCAGUGGCCGCGAGGCCCCGGCGCCGAGGGCGUACCCGGUGAGGGCGGCGAGCAUGUUGCCGGCGGAGCCCGUACGAUACGAGCCUCCGCGCGGCUACGGACGAGUGCAGAGCAUCCGGCCCGAGGCUCCAGGGCGAGAGUACGCUUCCGGCAGCGUCCACCCAGAGGGCCGCCGAGAGGUGAUGCAGCCGUACGUUCGAGAGUACGGGGCGCGGCCCGUGGUCGACUACCAACACCAACCGACCGGUGACGGGCACCGCGAGAUCGCUUUCAUCGAGCACCCACGGGGGGCAACGCAGGAGAUUGUGUACACGGACGAUGCCCGGCGAGAGAUUUAUCGAUAG